AUGAAAAAGCAUAUUUUAUAGGUUCUUUUAAUCUUUUUAGUCCUUACAGUAAGAUUUUAAUGCUAGCAUACAGAAAAAGAAGAAGAAAUUACUGAUAAUACUUAGAAUCAUAGCUCUUAAGAUAGUCCUUAGGACAUUUCAGAAGGAGAAAUCGAUACAAGAAAUUCAGAUUAAGAUUAAAAUUAUAAUUAAGGAGAUUUUAUUGAUGAAAAAUAAGAAAACUAAGGAACACAAUAAGCUUCUAAUGAAUAUAUCUCACAAGAAAUACUCACAAAUCAAGAGGAUGAAGUACAUAUUGAUAUAGAUAUGUAUUAAAAUGACUAGAAGGCUCACGAUUAGAUAAAUUAGUAAAAGCAAGAAAAUCAACAAAAAAUCGACAUUAUAGCAUUAGAAAUUUAAUAAUUGUAAAGCCUAAUUGAAUUGCACAAAUCGAAGCUAACUCUUCUUUCAAAUUUAAGAGAAAACAUGAUAAAAAAUAAUGUCACAUUUUAGGAAUUCAACACUACUUAAUUGAAGAAAAAGGUUUAGCCAAAUCAAAAUGUUGUAAAUAAUAAAUAAGAUCCUACAGCUGAAUAAAAAGAAGAGAGUAUUUCAUCUAAAAUAAAUAACAUUUACAUGACAAACACUUAAAAAAUGAAGCUAAAACCUUAAAAGCUGAUUGAAUUCUAAUAAUAUACUUUUUCCAAUAGAGUGGACAAAAAAUUAACAGUAAAAUGCCCUCAGAAAAUUAGGAAAUUAAAAAAUUUGCAAACUUUCUAGUAUCAAACAAAUAAUGGAAUCAAAGCAAAUUUAAUGAUGGUUUCAUUGACUAUUGAUUCUACUAUUUUAGUUCAUGAUUUUUCUGGAGAAUUAGCUACCGAUCCUUAUACUCCUGGGCAUUAGAUACAUUUAAUAGCAUUAUCUUAAAGAUCAGAUGACGUAUUUGUGGCCACUAUAGGUGAUGAUUAAAAUUUAAGAAUGGCUAGAAUAGAUAAUCAAAAAGUUAAAUCUUAAUUUGCUGAAGGAAAUAAUUAGUUUAGAUACAAAAUAAAGACAGAUCUUUUCUUUCCAUUAAACUCUUUUUCAAGUACUAUUGACAUAUCUAAAUAAGUCACAUCUUUUGAGUAUCUUUAAUUUUAGAGCUUCAAGAUCUUUUUACUAGGUGAUUAUGAAGGAAAUUUACAUAUGUAUUACAAGAACGGUACUUUCAUCUCAAAAGAGUCUCUCAGUUCUCAAAACUUGCCUAUCUUGUCUUUGUAAAAAAUGAAUGCACCUAGUAUAUUAUAUUACACUGAUAAAGAAAUUGGUUUUUUUAACUUAAAUACUUUAUAAAAAUUCCCUUUUUCUUGCUAACUGGAUGACUAUGAAAUAUUAAAAGUCAAGCUUGAUCCAUAUAUUUCAAGCAUUUUAUAUGUUUUGACAAAGCAGCAACAGUUACUUGCUUAUGAAUAUAAAGUAAUGGAAUAGUUUUGUAAGUUAAAAGAGGUUUUUGAUUUUGAAACUUAAAUUCAAGUAGAAGAAGAUGAGCAAUUUAAUAUAAAUAAAUAGCCUGCUUAUUAUAAUUAGCUUGUUCCUAUUAAAAAUUUUGUCGUUCUUGUAAGUUAUUAAGCAAAUAAAAUCAGAGUUUUAAAUACAACUGAUAUUUUUGUUGACGGGAUAUAAGAUGGUUUUGAUUUUAAUCAUUUAAAGCUAUUUGAAAAUCUUAAUACAACAACAGAUGAUAGCAUAUAGUUUAUUUAUCAGUAAAAGAUCUAUCAAGGAAAUUAUAUUGUAGCAGGAUAUUAUCACAAUAAAGGAGAAAGUACUACUUAUUCUCUUUAUGAAAUUAUAGCACCGUUAAGCAAGGAGUAUGAUUAUCUAUCAUAUAUUCGUGGACCAUUGAUUAUCACUGUCAUUAUUGGAAUAAUUAGCUUUUAAAUUUACAAGAAUUACUAAAAAAAGAAAAUGUAUAAGAACAACAAAAAUGAUUACUCCAAUUUUAAAAAAGAUCUUGAUAUUUCUUAAAAGUUUAAAAAGAGUAAUGGUGCUAAAAAUUCUGAUAAUAAUAAUAAUCAGUAAAUAAAUUAAUACAAAGAUAAAAUAAGCUAAUUAGAAGAAAGUACAAGCUAAUUACUUAAAAACACUUAGAAGCUAGAAUAAAAAUAGCCUUCAAUUUAAAAACGUAAAAAUUACGAUGAUGUUGAAGAUGAUGACUUUGAUUUUAGAAAUUUUAACUAAAAAAAUAAAUAUGAAAAUGAUAAAUAGAAAAAUAAUAAUAAUUAUAAGUAUAAUCAAAUCGAAGAUGAAGACGAUGAUGACUAAAUUGAUUAAUAUGACUGA